CAAAAACACAGAUUGAGUCGUUUUCAACUAGGCCCUAUUGAUAAUAAAAUGCUAGUCUUCGUUAUACUGAACACUUGACAGCAAUAUGAAUAUAUUCGGAAGAUCAGAGUUGAGUCCUGAAGAGUUGAGUAGAGAAGAUUGGAUCAGGAAGACUAUAACUGCAGAGUUUGCUGGAGCAUUAAAGGCUUUACAGAAAGAACAUAUCAACAAAGAUGAAGUCAUUCAUAGUGGGGACCAUGCCAAUGCAGUAUGCAGUGCUUUGGAGGCUGUUUUCCUACAUGGCCUCAAAUCAUCCAUUGGGAGUAAGAUCUCAUCCUACUUAGGAGGACCUACCCCUGAUAUCAAGGAGAAUGAACUGGAUUUCUGGAAUUUCCUGUGUAAGUUCACCCACAAGGAUGUCAUAUCUCAGCUUACCCAUCUAGGCCAGAUCACAACAACUGUUGGCAUGUGUAGGGCCUGGGUCAGGAUGGCAUUGAAUGAUUAUCUCAUGGAGAGCUACCUUGAUGCAAUGCUUAAAGACAAGGCAACUGUCAAAUACUUCUAUAAGAGGACGUCAUAUCUGCGGGAUGAAGAACAACCAGAAAUUCUGAAGUCAUAUCUACUAAGUUUGACUUCAUACUCUUUCCAACUCUCCUACAAUUCUAGUGUCUUGAAUAUUUGGACCCCCACCCCUUUGAUACUAUGUGGGUUACUGGAGUCCCAACCAACGCCAAGGGCAGUUGUAUCAAGGACAGUGUCUGUAUCAAGUGCCACGGACAUGGCCUGCUCACCCCCUCCUGCUCCUGUCAUUGAAAUACCCACAGAGGAUACGAGUCCUAUACAUGUACGAAGCACAAAGCCACGAUCCCGCUCUGGAAGUGGCCGCCACGGGGUUGCGCCAUCUAAACAUCACACUGAGACUGCAUCUGUGGAAAGUUCCCCUUUGACUGUUGAAAAUCUAUCCAACUUUUCAACACCAAAGGUUCCACCUAAUACACCAUAUGGAACUGGUGCUUUAACAGGUAAAGACAUUGAAGACAUGAGAAAGCUAGCAAUGGCUGUUAAUGCUGUGGCUGGCUCAGAGAGCUCUGGAGCAAGUCCCAUCUCAUGCCCUGACCCUGAUAAUGUACGUGGUAGGGCUAUAGAUGAGUCUCAUGUGCUCCAACAGGACCAAAUAGAACCAGAGUUGGAACCAAUUGAGAAAUAUGAAGCAAGGAUGAAGAAACGGGAAGAAGAUGCUGCGAUUGAGGAAUUCCUCAAGAUGGAGAGACAAAAGAUUGAAGAGAAGGUUCUAGCUGGAGAGGCUGUGGAUGAUAAACCUGUUGAAUCUAAAGCAGAGGCUGAAAGUAAAGAAGAUGCAUCAAAAACAGCAAAAGGAACUAUAGGUAUAGGUCUACCUGAUAUACUGUCAGAGAGGAUAAAAUCUGAAGCACUGGAUCCUGUCACAACGACUGCUAUGGCAACAACUAUUGAAACAAUACCAGUCACAAUUCCAUCAAAAUUACGUGAAAGUUUUUCGGACACUGAUAGUAAUCGUGAAAAAGAAUCAAAUCAAGAUGACAAGGGAAGUUCAGAAGAUGGUAAAGAGAGUGAAAUAUUACCUGGAAGUCUGGGUAAUAACCUUGGUCUCGGCCAGAUGACUGGUUGGUCCUCUCAGUUUGAUGGUGACCAAGAUGCCAAUGAUAGCCAACUAAAUGAUUCUACUGAAAGUCAAACUACAAAACCUAAAGCUCAAAGUUUCCGGUCACUUCUCAGCCAAUACACACCAGAUGCCAGCACUAUUUCUUCUGCCAAAAUGUCUGACAUUCUCGAACAGCACCCCAUUCUCGAUGACAACACCCCAGAGGAAUCUAGUCCAAGUGGUGCUGACAUGGUAGAUACACCAAGCGACUAUGAAGUUAUCCCUGUAGGAAGCUCCCCUAUGUCUGAAUUUGCAGACCCUCGAACACAGGCCCUGGUUCAAGUAAUAGGCCACAUAUGUAAUGAGAAAGGAUUAGACCAGCAGAACUACCAGUGCAAGGGCUGCAGUAGACCAAUAGGAAUAAUAUAUGGGCGCGCUAGAGUUUGCUCUUAUGAUGGUGCUUAUUAUUGUUAUGAAUGCCACGAAAAUGAUGAAUAUGUAAUCCCCUCACGCAUAGUCCAGAACUGGGACCUACGGAAACAUAAAGUUUGUAAGUUCACCAAAGAUUUCCUGCAUGAGAUUGAGGAGCAACCUCUUAUCAACAUUCAACAGUGCAAUCCUAAACUUUAUGAGCAUGUCAAUGAACUAAAUGAUAUUAAAUUGCUGAGAACACAACUAAGUUCUCUCAAGUCAUAUUUAUUCACUUGCAAGCAGUCUAUAGCUGAUGAUCUACGGAAGAGGGUCUGGCCCAAGGAGUACCUUUACAACGACAUUCACAUGUAUUCUCUUGCUGAUUUGCUUCAAGUGCAGAAUGGGGGUCUUGCUCAGAGUUUAAAGAAGAUUAUCAAAUAUGCCAGCAAACAUGUCUAUGACUGCACCCUUUGUAGUCAGAAAGGAUUCCUCUGUGAGAUUUGUGAUUCCCCUAAAGUGAUUUUCCCAUUUGAAGUGGAAAUAACCAUACAGUGCAAAGAAUGCAAAGCUGUGUUCCACAAAGACUGUAAACUAGAUUCUAAAAACUGCCCAAAGUGUGAACGCAGAAAACAACGCCAAAUGAAAUCAGGAGGUCAAAGUAUCACGACUCCUGAUACAAUGGAUUAUGGGUAUCUGCCCCAGUUUAUCACGCAAUAAUGAAACUUGGGUCAGAUCGACUUCCUGAUUGGAUGAUUCUUUCUCUUGUAAACUUGCUCAGAAUAUCAAUUAAUGUGAGGUAGAUGUCUGUAAAAUGUGAGGUUAUUAGGGAUGUUAAUGUACAUGCUUUUUAACUUGAGAACUUGUACGAUCCUCUGGAGAUUAGUUUUCCCCUUUGGAGUAUUACUUGCUCAAUAAGUAAAAAGGGCUAAGAAAAGUAGUUGAAACUCUGGAAGAAUGAAUUAAGAGGGUGACAGCUAUCCCUGGGAUCAUAAACUUAUACAUUUAAGUACAAGUUCUCUUUAAAACAUGUAGCUUAUAAUCUCCCUAUUGGCUCUAAAUUGGGAGUCAGCUUGUGCAAUAUACAUGUACAUAUGGUGUACAGUAUUC